CGGGCCGCGCCGGGCGGAGCGGAGCGGCGGGGAGCGGAGCGGCGGGGCCCUGGCUGCGGCCCAGCUUCCUCCGCCGCUUCCUGCCGUCGCUCCUUGCCUGCGCGCCCCGCCGCCGCUCCUAUAUAACAGAUGCGGGUGAAAGAUCCAUCAAGAGCCAACCCUGAGAAGACAAAGAGAAGCAAAAGGCCUAACAGGCCACAGGAUGAAGACUCUUCAGAUGAUAUUGCAGGCUUAACCUGCCAGCAUGUGAGCCAAGCAGUGGAUGUGCAUCAUGUGAAGAGGGCGGUAGCUCAGAGCAUUUGGUCAGUAUGUUCAGAAUGUCUGAAGGAGAGGCGUAUGAGUGAUGGCGAGCCCGUGGCCCCUUCAGACAUAUGGCUGUGUCUCAAAUGUGGCUCUCAGGGAUGUAGUAAGAACUCAGAAGGCCAGCAUUCUCUUAAACACUUCCAAACAGUGCGUACAGAACCUCAUUGCAUUGUUAUCAGUCUCAGCACGUGGAUCAUAUGGUGUUAUGAAUGUGAUGAAGAGCUGUCAACACAUUGCAACAAAAAGGCUUUGGCUCAGAUAGUUGACUUUCUUCAAAAACAUGGUUCCAGGGCUGAACCAAGUUCAUCAAAAAUCAUACGGCUCCGUGAAGAAAACAGUGAAACAAGUGAAAUACUGAAAGGCAAAAAUUCUGGUAAUGGUGCAUCAGUUCCAGUUAAAGGAAUAAAUAAUUUAGGAAAUACAUGCUUUUUUAAUGCUGUCAUGCAGAACUUGGCACAGACUCAUAUACUAAAUGAACUGAUGUAUGAGAUGAAGGAAAAAGGAACAAAGUUAAAAAUCUGUCAUACCUCAGACUCCCAAUUGGAUCCUUUGGUGGUAAACCUCUCCAGCCCUGGACCCUUGACUUCAGCGAUGUUCUUGUUCCUUCACAGCAUGAGGGAGGCUGGAAGAGGUCCUCUUUCUCCCAAAGUACUGUUCAGCCAGCUUUGUCAAAAGGCUCCUCGAUUUAAGGGUUUCCAGCAACAGGACAGCCAGGAGCUUCUACACUAUUUGCUGGAUGCAAUGAGGAUUGAAGAGACAAAGCGUAUACAAACUGGUAUCUUAAAAGCAUUUAAUAAUCCAACAACUAAGACAGCAGAUGAAGAAACUAGAAGAAAAGUCAAAGCAUAUGGAAGAGAGGGUGUGAAGAUGAACUUCAUAGAUAGGAUCUUUGUUGGUGAAUUGACUAGCACUGUCAUGUGUGAGGAAUGUGAAAAUAUUUCAACAGUAAAAGAACCUUUCAUUGAUCUUUCACUUCCUAUAAUAGAGGAGAGGGUUGCAAAACCCGUGCCUUUGGGAAGAACAAGUAAAGGUAAAAGUGUACAAGAAGCAGAUCUGGGUCAGUGUAACUGUUCUUCCAUCAGUACACUGAAUAAUCAGCCUAAAGUUGUCAAGAAACAUACUCUAACAAAAGAUAAGAAUCAGUUGAACCAGGAGAGAAGGCUUGCCAGAAAAGCUUCCUCUAAUGAAGAAGAAAGAAGUCCUAUUAUCAUGGAGGAAAAAACCAAAACACGUGAGCUGGAAGGUAGCUCUGGCGUGCUAUACCCCAAAGACCCAACUGCUGAAUCUGCUGUGAACGGGAGUCAGACUGAGGGCAGUGAGAAGGAAGCCAGCCGCUCGGAAAGCAGCUUUGAUGCAGACAGUGAAGCCUCUGAAAGUGAAAGUGCUUCUAAGCAAUCGGCGUUUAGCUCAUCCAGCAACAUCUCUGCUUUGCAUGUCAACCACAUCAACGUUAAAAUGCCGCACACCAAACCGAGUGACAGUAACGAUGAGGUGAUUUCCAGUGCCAUAUCCAAACUCAGCUUCUGUGAUACUAUAAAUGAAGAUGAAAAAUCAAGCCGUGGUGAUUCAGGUUUAUUGAAUAAUCCCAUGUUCUCUGUAGACAAGUCUUCACUAUCCCAGAACCCUCAAAAUGCUUUUCAGACGCUUUCCCAGACCUAUAUAACUAGCUCGAAGGAAUGUUCUGUUCAGUCCUGCCUUUACCAAUUUACCUCUGUAGAGCUGCUAAUGGGGAACAACAAGCUUUUAUGUGAGAGCUGUACAGAAAGGAAACAGAAGUAUCAGAAGAAAACCAACUCCACAGAAAGGAAAAUGGAAGGUGUCUACACAAAUGCUCGGAAACAGCUGCUGAUUUCUUCAGUUCCUGCUAUUCUUAUUCUGCAUCUGAAAAGAUUCCACCAGGCUGGUUUGAGUCUAAGGAAAGUGAAUAGGCAUGUAGAUUUCCCGCUGAUUUUGGAUUUAGCACCGUUUUGUUCUGCUUCUUGUAAGAACGUUACAGAUGGUGCACGAGUGCUAUAUAGUCUUUAUGGAAUAGUGGAGCACAGUGGGUCAAUGAGAGGUGGUCAUUAUGCUGCAUAUGUGAAAGUCAGGACACCCUCCAAGAAAUUACUAGAGCAUAUUUCUACCACUAAGAAUGUUCUAGGUUUAAAAGAAGCUGUGGGCGCAUCAUCAGGACAGUGGGUGUAUGUUAGUGAUGCCCAUGUUCAGAUGGUUCCGGAAUCAAGAGUAUUAAAUGCACAAGCAUAUCUGCUUUUCUAUGAAAGAUUGUUACUAUAAUUCUCAACAGUUUAAAUUAGAAAAAAAAAAAUGGUUGUGGUUAUUUAGUUUAUCUUAUUUAAAGCUGCAGUGGUAAGAGUACCUGUAAAUAUUGUGCCUUUAUCUUGCAGAGAAUUUAUCAUAUGUUGACUCUGAAGUUCAGUCAAGCUAUUAUAAAUAUCUGAAUAUCUGAAUCCUUUGAAAUAUGCACUUUGCCAUACAUUUUAAAUUCCUGGAUUCAUUAAAAUACAGUACAGUUAGAAUGUAAGAUAAUGUCCUGUCCUAGUGAGGUCAGUGGAAAGCUUGGUUUUUGAUUUUAAUGAAGAUAAGCUUUCACUCGUAGUUCUAGAACAGGUGAGAAUAAAAAUGCUGAUAGUAUUAAGUGCCUGGAUUUGCUGCUGUACAGUAACAAUAUAAAGUAUUUCAACUUCUUUGUGAUUUAGUCCAGAUCCUUCCCAUCGCUGGGUUGGAUGUCUGCUGUUAGGCUUUCUGCAAACAAGUACAUGUCAAAGCAUGUAGCUCGCAGAUGUAGUAAUUGGAAAGCAGUGUUUCCAGAACAGAGUAACCACAAAUGUCUUUGGGUAAUGCUGCAGCACACUUUCCCAGUGUAUUGUUGGGAACUGACUGGGAAAAUGUGACAGAGAACCCUCAGAUACUCAAUACCCGUUCAGCUGUCUCCAACGGGCACUGGUAUAGCCAUGUGUUCCUGUUUUGAUGUAAAUAUAUACUGUGGUGUACAUGUAUAUAUCCUCAGAGAUAAAUACGUAUAUAUAUAUAUGCACACCAUAAAUCCAUCAAUAUAUACUGUCAUUUUGCCUACUAGGAUAGGAAAGAGAAUUGCAAAUACUUCUGUAUUUAGUAAAUUUUCAAAUUCAUAAUUAUGACACAUGUACAGCAUAUAACAAGCUCGUGUAUGAAUAUAUAUGGAAUUUAAGUGUAACUGGGUAAUUCUGUUACUUUUGGUUCCAAACAUGAAUUUAUCUGUUCCUGAAUACUUUUCUCACAGGAGUAAUAAACUAUAAAUUAUUUUUGCA